UUCUCAAUAUGAUUAGUGAUAUAAGCAUUACUACUGAAAUUCUUACAACAUUAAUCAAGUAUAGCAUAUGUUGCAGUAUUAAUAUAAUCAACAAGCUUGCAAGUUUCAACUUGUUCCACUGUAGCAACUAUUUCAUUAGCUGCCAUAAAAGAUAUCAAUUUUUCAAUUUGUUAUAUAUUUUGAUAAUCAUAAUGCUUUUUAACAUAAGAGGCCACCAUGUGGUUGUUGCUUUUUUUGCAUUGAGACACAAAAUGUUCUCGACAACAGCAAGUUAAACCUUUGUAAUGACACGAAUUCCAAGCAUAACAAUCGAAUCAAUUUAAUAAACCCUUCAAGUGUUUCCUUUUUUUUAACCCACCUCUCAUAUACUAAUUAACCAAAAGAGAUGUUACAAUCAUUCGUUAUAGAAUUCACCACACAAGGCGGGACAUCAUUAACAAGAAUCCCAUCCGCUCUGUUAUCAAAGCUAAAUUUUGCUAACAAAUGGGCCACCACAUUGGCUAAUGGCCUAAUCUAUUACAGAAUUCAACUGUUUCCUUGUUGAGACCAGAGGUGUUUCACAAAAGUUCCGUGCUCUUUUAACUUUUUUUUCUCAUACUAGUUGGGUGUUCGGCACAACCACAAACAUAUUCAAGUAGAAAUUUUCAGCAACGAGGAUUGUAGGUGGUUUCUCAACCUACUACCAGUGGUUACAAUUAUUUUUUUGUAAUUUGUGUUUUCUAUCCAUUACUAAAGAUAAAAAACAAUGCAAACAAUAAUAAAAACUAAUUAGUGAUUCCGGCCAUCGGGGAUGCUCUUGCCGAGCGAGCUCCAGCCGGCGUCGCAUUGCAGCGUAGCCCCAGGCGGAGUCCUCGUGGGAGGUGGUGAUGAGGCAAGAGCCUGGCGUGAACCCACGCCGGUACCACAAGCUCGCCGGUGCUAGGUAACAACCGUUUUGUCCAAGCCGUCACCCUAGCCCACAUGUGGGCCCAACCUAUCUGAAUGGGGUUUAAAUUAACUAACCGGUCAUCAGAAUAUUUUGCGAAAGAAUUAGAAAAAAAGUAGUAUGUACCAGCGAAUAAAUUAAAGGUUGUGGAGUAGUUUCUUACUACCCUAACCUGAAUUAUGGUAGCUUUUAUGCCAUUUAGUCCAGAAAUCUGGAUCUGGAAUAGCCUAACUUCCAAAGACUGGAUUUAAAAAGAACGAAGCCUCCCCGCCAGCUGAAAUGAGCUUGUCCUACUUAAAUUUGUUUCAGCUUCGUCGUCCAGAUGUAGAGAUCUGUAUCAGUAUGCAGUACACAACCGUACGGACCCCGCAAAUUAACCUGCUGCCUUUUUUUUGCUUGACAGCGACCAUUUGUGGAUGAUUUGACUAAUCCCAAAACAAAUUGUCAGGACACCAGACCCCAUCCUCCACGCACGCAGUCACCAUCACGACGCCUUGUCACAUACCCUACGUUUCCCAUCUGAACUGAACGUCUGAACUCUGAACCCCUUUCCAAACUCACUCACUGCUCUCGUCAUUUUGGAUGAUCCUCCUCUCUCUCUCCCACACUAUAAAGCAUAUGGCAUGAAUCUCUCCAGCAAUCAGCACACGAUCGGCCAUCAAUCAAACCAUCAACACCUUCAGUUCCCGUGCUAGCUACCCACGCAACGCACAUAAACAGCAGCAGCAAUGGCCGCCUGGCUGAGGAAGGAGACGGCCGAAGCAUACUACCUCGCGGUCGAUGCAGGGGGCGACAGAGGAAAGAAGAUCCCCAAGGGGUACCUCCCGCUGGCGCUGGUGGGCGAGGAGGGAGACGGCGACGAGCGGGUGCUGGUGCGCAUAGGGGCGCUCAAGGAGCCGUGCAUGGCGGCGCUGCUGGAGAUGGCCGCGGAGCAGUUCGGCUACGGCCAGCCCGGCGUCCUGAGGAUCCCCUGCGACGCACAGCAGUUCCACCAAAUGGUCAGCGCCAUGUGCGGCAAAGAGCAAAGCCACGUAACUAGGUGAUUGUGAUUUGUCUAUUCUCUCGGCUUAUCGAUAGGUGGACAAGUGUGAUAUGCUUUCUGGGCCAGUUUAUUUAGUUAGACUUAGACAAGGAACAAUUCGUAGUGCGCGUCGUCUAAACAUGUGUGCUCCUGUCUCAACAUGGGAGCGGUUGCGCGCGUACGUGCGACUUUGUCACUUCAAUUAGCUACGAACUGAAUAGCGCUCCUGUCAAUUUGGUUGUUCAGUGACCUGUUUGUGCAGUGCAAAUCAACAUUUGUUCACGCAGCUAUUUCAAUUUUUCUCUA